AUGCCGCCAGAGAACACUGACUGGUGAGAGAUAAUUCCAGCUGGUACUGUGAAAGCCAAGAUAAAAGCUGAUUAUGAAUAAAGCAAGGAAAACCAAGUGAGACGUUUGCGUGAGCUGUAUGAAGGAGGUCUCAUAGGUAAGAGGAAGUACGCAAGCAUCAGAAACAGUUCAGAUGUUGAAAAAGAAACUGGAAUGAAAAUGAAAAACCAGAAAACAGAAUUUAUGAAAGGAUGUGAAGUUCCAAAA